AUGAACCGGGCCAUCUUCCGGUGCACCACGGAGGAUUGCAAGAACGAGGUCAAUUGCUUGCUCAGCCACUGGACUAUCGAGGAGCCCACGAAGUGCGAUGUUUGCGGUUCAAGCCACUCGUUUCAAAUCAUCCACAACGACUGCCACUUCACGGACAAGCAGGUCCUCAAGCUGCAGGAGACGCCCGAGCUGAUUCCGGAAGGAGAGACGCCACAGAACGUGGCGAUCGUCGUGUACGACGACCUUGUGAAUCAGGUCCGCCCCGGAGAUCGGAUCCACGUAACGGGCGUCUACCGUGCAUCCCCAGUGCAGCCGAUGCGGAACUGGCGCAUGCAGUCCUCGAAGUACAGGACUUUUGUGGAUGCGAUUGCCCUGGAGUUCGGCAAAGCUCAGCGUGUGGAGUCUGUCCUCUCGGACCCAACAGCGAUUCUCCAGGCAGAUGGGCAAGUUCCGAAGUUGGAGGACAAGUGUGACUUGGAUCCCAAGAAGUUCUCCGAGGAGGACAUCGGCUGGCACACGAAGAUUCGUGAGAUGGCCGCCGAAAAGGAUGCAGCCGGCAACCCCACCAUCGUUGGCAAAUUGGUGCAAUCCUUCGCCCCGUCCAUCUUCGAGGAAGACGAGGUCAAGAAAGGCCUUCUGUGCCAGCUCUUCGGCGGCACCUGCCUGCCCAACGGCACGGCACACAGCCGACCGGAAAUCCACUCCUUGCUUUGUGGCGACCCAUCCACGGCGAAGUCCCAACUCCUGCA